AUUGAUAAACUUUGUAUCAUUUGGAGAGUUAGUCUGGCUGACGAAGGAAAACAAUUCCAGGAUGUGGUUCUUAGUGGGUGCCUUAUUGGCUUGCUUUGCUCUCAGUGCAAAUAGCCAAAACUAUACGAUGUCCUUUGACGAUGGAAAUUUUAACGUGUCGUGGACGCACAACAGAACUACAGAAGAGUUGGAGUUUGAAGUUCUUGUCAACGCAACAGGUUAUGUCUCCUUUGGGUUCACCUUUACACCAGAAGACAUGCAGAACUAUUCUAUUGUAGUAGGAGGCACAAAUAGUUCCGGACACAAUUAUUUCAAUAGUUACCACACCAGCGGCCUCAGGAAACCUACCCUGGAUGCGGAUCCGCAAAUUUACACGUUGGACAGUGCUGCAGAAGAAAACGGCACCACAACUCUACGCUUCCGACGUCCGCUGGAGACAAGCGAUAGUAGAGACAUCCAGUUCAACGAGACCACUCGUGUGUUCCUUGUGUGGGCCUAUCACAAAAAUUCGGAUGCAGAUAACGUCCUUAUGUACCAUACGAACAGAAAUUACACAGAAGAAGCUGUGCAAGUUGUCUUUCCACCACUGGAAAUGACGUCAACACCUCCGGCCCCCAUGACAAGGGAUCGUCCAACCGCGGGAUCCUCUUCAGUUCAAGUGGUUGUCGGUGGUUUCGCACUCUCUGUCUUAGCAACACUUAUGUUUUGAAGUAGCUCUGGGUUACCGUCAAAAAAGAAAAGAAAACAAAAUACAGCAGUUUUACACGCACCUGCCCGAACAAGAACAGCAAACUCUCUGCUUUUUGCAACAAGUCAGAGAAGCAAUAUUAGUCUUAUUCAACGACAUACCGUGCUCAUUUCGCCACCUGAUUGUUUAAUCCCUAAUCACUGUUCUGAUUGGUUCAUCAUUUGUCUCUUAUGCAUAUCUUGUUCCACUCUUUAAUAGCUUUUUUAUGAGUGUUGAAGUGGGUACAUUUCUAUUCCGGGUGGCCCAAUGGUAGUCUCCUUCGCAGCCGUUUUUCGGGAUGUCACGCAACGCUCCUCCCCCUUCGGGGGAGCGUUGCGUGACAUCUCGAAAGACGACUGGGAAGGAGACUAGCCCAAUGGCUGAUCAAGGGCCGGAAAAAAGGGUCACCGAAUCUUUGCUUUAUGCGCUCAUUAACUGUCGUCGAGGAGUUGCGAGAAAAAGAAUCGAAGCUUCAUUUGUUCUGUAGGCUCAGUACAACAAACACCCUAUAAUGGUUCUCAGAUCCUUUCAUCUUAAGAUUUGGAGUGGACCUGGACACUGGCCAUCAAUUAACACUUACUUUUUAGGAGAAUAUACUCUUUUCGUGUUUUGGAUGAUAACGCUAAGUCUAAAUAAUUGGACCGAUUUAGUUUCCAUGGCAGAUUUGAAAUUGGGUAGACAUGCCCAGUUUUAGUUCUUUUCUAAGAAAUAAAAGAUCAAAAACUUCCUAUCAAACCUUUUACUGCUGACCUACCAAAAAAAAUGAGUACCAUCCAAACAUUUCAAGGUCAUGUUUUGUUCAGUUAACCAUUUACCCCCCUUAACAUCAGUAUGCAUAUUCUCCAUACUGUUCUCUAUACAUUUCUUGAGGUGCUCACAAGGAGAAUUUGUGCAACAACCUUUUUGGUGAUCAUUUCCUUUAUUCUCGACACAUAACUGUCUGGUUCAGGGGUAAGACGGUUGGGAGAAUUUAGAUAAUAGACACUCUUAGGAGUCAAAAGGGUUAACCACUCCACAAAACUUAUGAAUGGAAUAAAAAUUCAAUGUGUUUGA